AUGAAGGCCAGCAUAUCGCUUUCCGCAGCCUUGAGCCUGGGAUCAUGGGUAGGAGGUGCCCACGCCUACUGGCGUAUGACCUGUGGAAUUGCACAAAUCGGACGGAUUGACCCGAUCAUCAACCCGGACGAGGUAUCGGGCCAUGUUCAUUUGCUCUCGGGAGCCAGCAACAUCAACACCUCGUCGACUUACGACUCUUUGAAUGCCGCCGCUUGCACCACGUGCACGAUCCAAAAAGACAAGAGCGCGUAUUGGACGCCCCUGCUGUACUAUGAGCGAGCCGACGGCACUUUUGUCGACGUACACAACGAUGGCACCGUCGUUUAUUACUUGGGGCGAGGGGAAGACAGCGCCAAUAUCAUUCCCUUCCCUCCCGGCUUUCGCAUGCUCUCAGGAAACCCUUCGAAGCGGUCGUACGACAACACUACCAUGACCUACGGGAACGACACUUACCCUUCCCGCCCGGUGGCCGACCGGACCAGUUUCGUCUGUGUCAACUACAACAACGAGACGCCCGAGACUCCGGGUAUCGAGAACACGGAUUGUCCCGAUGGCCUGAGAGCGCAGAUCCAAUUCCAAAGCUGUUGGGAUGGAGUCAAUCUAUACCUGCCCGACCAAUCACAUGUGGCGUACCUGUCGCAGAUCGACAACGGUGUAUGUCCGCCAACGCACCCGUACCUUUUCCCACAUCUGUUCUACGAAGUCUACUAUUCUGUCGCCACUAUAGACACUUCGGAUGGAGGAAGAUUUGUCUUUUCUCAGGGUGAUACCACAGGCUACGGAUUUCACGGUGAUUUCUUGAAUGGAUGGGAUAUCGACGUCCUCACCGCCGGUAUUGAGCAGUGCGUCAACGACGAUACUACAGGCCAAAUAUCCCUGUGUCCUCCCCUGAAUGACUCGCAAGACAACUACGCCUCGACCAAUUGCCCUCAACAGCCCACGCUAGUGGACGAGCAGGUGACAGGCGUCCUGUCCAAGCUUCCCGGCUGUAACGAAGUCACCUCCGGCCCAGCAGAUGAACCGCAAGGCAUCUGCGCCACCGAGCCCGGCCUCAACGACGUCCCCGACACGGACGGAGAAACGACCGUAACGCCAAUCGUCGGCGAAAGCACCGUGACUCUCGCGUCAGGAGGCGUGGCCGAAUAUGAGGGCUGCUACGUCGAAGCGACCAACGCACGAGCGCUGUCCGGCGCGUCAUACACCAACAGCACCGGGAUGAGCAGCACGGCAUGCGGCGCAUUCUGUCAAAGUAAAGGAUUCACCGUCUUCGGCAUGGAGUAUUCGCAAGAAUGCUACUGCGGCAACGCCAUCACUACCGCCACAGCAAGCCAAAGCGACUGUGCGAUGGUCUGUUCCGGCAACCGGACCGAAUGGUGCGGCGGCUCGGACCGGUUGAGCGUAUGGAACAUAACCAGCCCUGGCAACGCGACGUCGACGACGCCGGGAGGAAGUUCUUCAACCGGAUCAACCGCGCCGACGGCGACACCAUCAGCCGCCGGAGCGACCUAUAUGGGCUGCUACUCGGACAACGUCGGCGGGCGCGCACUAACAUCCUACAUCGGCAGCGAUGGCAUGACAUGGGAGAUGUGCGCGCAGAAUGCGCAGUCAUUGAACCGCAAAUACUUCGGCAUCGAAUACGCGCAGGAAUGCUGGACCGGCAACACCCUCGCCUCGUCCUCCGCAAUCCUCGCCGACUCGACAUGCAGCAUGGCGUGUAAAGGCGACGCGACCGAGAUGUGCGGCGGGAACAACGCGCUCACUCUGUUCCAGAACACGCAGUUCGUCCAGCCCACCAUCCCGGCGCUCGUCAACGUCACCAAUACAACGGCCACGAGCACGAACACGACGCAACUGACCCAGUACGCCUAUGUCGGCUGCUACACCGAAGGAAGCUCCGGUCGGACCAUAGGCACUCCGGUCGGCGUCAAUACCCCGAGCUAUUCAUUCACUAACACGACCGGCAUGACUGUCGAGCUGUGCGCGCAGACUUGCAGUACUAAAGGCUUCGCCUGGGUCGGCGUCGAGUAUGCCCAGGAGUGUUACUGCAAUAACCUCGGGGCUGUCAAUGGCGGUGCGCUGGCUUCCGGUGGGGAUGGUGACUGCUCCAUGGUCUGUAAAGGUAAUAUCGGUGAGUAUUGUGGCGGGUCCAGUCGGGUUGGUGUCUAUCACCUUCAGACAUGA